AAAGACGGUUGUUCCGAAACUACCAAAAAGAUUGGAGCCUUUCUCUACUAUCAUCAAUGACGAGCAUGCGGCAGAAAUCUCAUCAUGGAUCGAUCGAAAGGAAACACCAUACUCCUCGUCGAGCAUUCCAUAUGACUUUGAGCUGGUGGAAGGAUCUGAGGAGAUUCUUGGUGGAUAUAAUCCUUUGACGUGGAAUACGGAACACCAAGAAGCCUAUCACACAAAUGAUAAACUAAAUUUGGACCAUAUUUUGGAUCUCGUGGGGAAUUAUGUUUAUUUACUAGC